AUGACAGCGAAGGUCCGAGAAGGACACCGAGGGGUCCGAGAAGGACACCGGGGUCCGAGAAACCAGAGUAAGGUCUUCACGCGAGGGGUCCGAAAAUCACGAGGGUCCAGGAGAGGUACACCGACACCGAGGGUCCGAGAAGUGGACACCGGGGAGAUCCGAGAAGGACACCGGGGGUCCGAGAAGGAAACCAAGGGGCCCAAAAAGGACACCGAGGGGCCUCAGAAGGACAUCGAGGGGUCCGAGAAGGACACCGAAGAGCCCGAGGACACCGAGGGGCCCAAACAGGACAUAAAGGGGCCCGAGAAGGACACCGAGGGCCCAAGGAAGGACACCGAGGGCCUGAGAAGGACACCGGGGGGCCCGAGAAGGACACCCAGGGGCCCCGAGAAGGGACACCCAGGGGCCCGAGAAGGACACCCAGGGGCCCGAGGAAGGCAGGGGCCCGAGGACACUGGGCCCGAGAAGGACACCGAGGGGGCUCGAGAGGGACCGAGGGGCCCGAGAGGGACAACCGAGGGGCCGAGAGGGACACGAGGGGCCCGAGAGGGGACACCGAGGGGGCCCGAGGAGGACACCGAGGGGCCCGAGAGGGACAAGGGUCAGAGAGGGACACGAGGGCCCGAGAAGGACACCAGGGGCCCGAGAGGACACGAGGGCCCGGGGAAGGACACCGAGGGGCCCGAGAGGGACACCGAGGGGCCCGAGAGGGACACCGAGGGGCCCGAGAGGGACACCGAGGGGCCCGAGAGGGACAGAGGCCCGAGGGGACACCGAGGGGCCCGAGAGGGACACCCAGGGGCCCGAGAAGACACCGAGGGGUCGAGAGGACACGAGGGGCCGAGGACCAAGGGCCCGAGAAUGGAACCGAGGGGCGAAAAAUGA